AUGUGGGAUACACCUAUGGCUAAUGUUUCCCUGGAUAGCAGCUACUGGACUCCUGUUGAACACUUCUCUCAUAAAUCUGGGUUCUUCCACGAGCUUGGCCCAACACUCAGCUCUCCCGAUCUCUUCAUCUCGCCAGGCAACAAUCCACUCUCGGACCCCUUUGGCCUUUUCCAGGAUAUACCCAACAUGAUCGCCGAGAAGAAGCUUCACUGGACCCAGCGUGUGGCCCUCAUCAGACACAACCUCCACGCCGCCAGCCGCACUGGAGACUUUACGUUCUUCAAGACACUUCAGGCCCACCGCCUCCUUGAAGGGACGGAUCACCUCGCCGCCCUCAACGCUGUCAUCGGCGAUGCCGCAGAUCAAGUUUUGGCGUCUCUCGACAACUACAACUCUGUUAUGGCGUAUGUGCACGAGGAUGCUUUCAAGAACGUUUACGAGAGUGUCAAGACGGGUGUCCGCGAGCAGGCGGGAAGCUAUGACGACAGGCGGGCCAUCUACUACGUCGAUGCGGCGCAGCAAAAGGAGAAGGCUGAAAAGGCGAUCGACAAGAUGAUCAACUCGGCCAUCACCAUGAUCAACGCGCAGCCGGUCAACUGCCAAGAAGAGGCGGCCAAUGUGUGGAUCUGGGGCACGACCUUCGUGGCGGAUGCGAUGGAGGUGUGCCUGGCGCAAAUUGAUGCCAUCGAGGUGUGUCUGGACGAUUUCAUCCGGCUGGAGAACGCAUGGAGCGUGGUGCAGAGUGCAGUGGGAGCUUCCAUCGGCGCCAUCAAGGGCAUCUUCAACCUCAUGGCCCCCUGCGAAGCGACGCCCGACGCCUUGCAGCAGCAGCAUAGGUCCGAAGCCACGGAGGGAACCGUCCGCUCUAUGCUUCGCCGCAUGAGUACUGCCAUGACCUCGGGCAUGAAUUCAGCCGCGCCUUCGCGCCGCCAAUCCGUCAUGUCUGUCUCCAGCAACAGCAACAUGAUGCCUACGGUUGUGCCCCUGCAACAUGGCUCCAUUCAAUCCAGUGGCCCACCUCUACGUGGUGUAGGAUGGAGGCCCAGCGCCCUGAAGCAUAGCAAGGGCCCAAUGGAGCUGAUGCCAACCAUCCCGCCUACGCCGGCCGCCGCCCUGCUCAACGCUAAUCCUUUCGACAACUCUUUCAGCGGGUGGGUCUCUGCUCCUCCUCCUUCUCCCCCAAAAGCACCCCCCUCUCUACUGAAUAAGUUCUCCAUACUGACACUUAACAGCAGCAGCAACAACUUCUCCGUCAGCGAAGACGUGCCCCCGCCCCCCUCGGCACCGCACGCACACUUCGUGGCCCCCGCCGCCACCACCACCACCAACAACAGCUCCGUCCAGCAGCAGCAGCAACAGACCUCCGCCGGGCCCUCCUCCGCCGGCGGACAGCAGACCGCGCCGCGCAACACCUUCUCUCCUGCCAUGCCCACCGCCGCCACCACCAACAACAAUGCCGGCGACGUCGCCGGCUCGCCCGGGUCGACAGCCACCAGCAGCAGCAUUGUGGAUGGAGGCGGUGCGACCGGUAGCAGUGCCGGUAGUGGUGGCAAAUCACGUCCGCGCAGCUCGAAUGUGCAGGAGCCGCGCCCGGUGUUCGAUGACAUGCUGUUCUCCCUGUAA